UCUUUUGUUCUGAGUGUUUAAGUACAGUAUUUACGAUAAAAACACUUCUCGAAUCUGGCACUUCCUGCAGUGAAUCAUCGCUCUGUCAAAUGCAGCCUUCCAACCCCGUGCGAUGCUCUUGAACCUUAACAAUUACCCGGCCUCAUCGUCAUCCUCCGCCGGUGUUCACUGCUUCCUCUUCCUCGGCUCCCCAAAUCGUGCUUCCGGCCGCAGCAGCAAUGUCAUACCGGUUCCCUUCCCAUGAUCCGGAGCCGCUGUACUCUUUCACGUCCGAGUCUCUCGGUAAGCCCACUGUCUCGCGCAAUGGAUGGUCCGUAUACUCCUCCAAGCGGCCAAUCAUGACCGCAGACGAGAUCGAUCGCGCGACUGCCAGGAUUGGCAUCCCAAUGCCUGAAAUGAUCUUUGGCAAAAACUAUAUCGUCGUCGCUCACGAAAGUGGCUGGAGUCUCGGAUUCAACGCAGUUGACGCGCUCGACCUUGUAGUCAAGCACGGAAAUCCCGAGGGCGGUCUCGUCAAGGUCGCCUACUCUGAGGCAUGGAUGAACGAUAAAAAGAAAACCAGUGACGAAGUCCACCAGGUCGUCAAACCUUUUGACUGGACCUACACAACCUCAUACCAGGGCACUCCUGCACCGAGCAAGGUUACCUGGGAGCCUACUUCGCAAUCAAUACCCCUCGAUAAGCUCAGACGUCCUGAUCCGAUCCUAUUUUUUGAAGAGGUCGUGCUCUUCGAAGAUGAAUUGGGUGAUAACGGCAUUGCAAUGGCAGAAGUCAAAGUCAGAGUAAUGGAAGAACGACUUCUCCUUCUAUGCCGCUUGUUCGUCAGAGUUGAUGACGUUCUCUUCCGGAUACGCGACACCCGCUUAUUUAUCGAGUUUGAGGACAACACAAUCCUCAGGGAGUACACAGUCAAGCAGGAUUCUUAUGAGAAUGUGAAACGCAAAAUCCCUCAUUCCGCCAGAGACUCCGGGCUCUUUCUAAGAGACGCAAACUGGAUUGCAGAGAAAAUGCCAGUCAUACAGACUGUAACCGAGAAAUCUGCUCUAUCAAGUAGUUGAUGCUUAUGUAUCAAUUUGAAAUAAAAAUGUUAAAAUAUUGAA